GUUGCUGCACCGGCACGAUGACUUUUACGUUUUCGUCGUAUUGAACUUUGCCGUCGUGUCGCUUUUUCUUUUAGUUCUUGUUUUCUCCGGGCUCGCUUGCUGUAACUUCUUUAUAUAUUAACUCGUCGAGCAACAAGGGAAACAGCAAAGAUGGGUCUGCUAUACGCGCUGCGCGUGAGAAUCAUGAAUUUCAUGAUUUUCUUCUUGAUUAUAAUCUUGUUGCCGGGUUUGCCACCGCGUACAACUUUCCCCUACAAAGACUUCAUUGUGACCCCGCCCAAAGAACUGAAAGGAGCCCUGGAGUCCAACUUUCACCUGGAAGGAGCUGAGCGUCUACUUGAGGGUCGCAUCUACGGCCCUGAGCAUCUGAUUGCGCGCAACAACGAGAUCUACACGGGUCUCCACGGCGGUGAGAUCAUCAAGAUCACUGCCAACCAUGUCACGCAUGUUGCCAAGUUCGGCCAGCCUUGUGCUGAGAACUUUGAGGAGUCACGUUGCGGCCGUCCUCUGGGUUUGGCAUUCGAUACCUUGGGCAACAAUCUGAUUGUCGCCGAUGGUUACUAUGGCUUGUGGCAAGUGGACUUGACAACCAACAAGAAGACUCUGUUGGUCUCCCCGUCACAGGAGCUGCCUGGCAAGGAUAUUUCACGCCCAGCAAAGAUCUUCAAUUCGGUGACAGUGAGCAAACAAGGUGACGUCUAUUGGUCGGACUCCUCGUCGGACUUUUUGAUCCAAGAUUUGGUCUUUACCUCGUUUGCUAAUCCAUCGGGCCGUCUAUUCAAAUACAAUCGCGCCAAGAAUGUGAGCGAAGUGCUGCUGGAUGAAUUGUUCUUUGCCAACGGUGUGGCCCUCAGUCCCAAUGAAGACUUUAUUGUUGUGUCCGAAACUGGCGCCCAACGUCUGACCAAAUACCACCUCAAGGGACCCAAGGCGGGACAAAGCGAAGUCUUUGUCGAUGGUCUCCCCGGUAUGCCCGACAAUUUGACGCCUGAUGCUGAGGGUCUUUGGGUGCCUUUGGUGGUGGCCGUUGAUAGUGAGCAUCCAUCAUCGUACUCGCUCUUCUCACGUUUCCCAAGCGUGCGUCUGUUUCUGGCCCGCAUGCUGACGCUGUUCGAGCUGCCUUUCCGCUACCUGGAUCAGGUGUAUCCCAACAAGUUCUCCAAACGCUUUGUGCACUUCAUCGGCCAUGGCGAGAGCAUCAUGCUGCUCUCACCCAAGCGCACAACUGUGGUCCGUGUGGACUGGAAUGGCAACAUUGUGGGAUCGCUGCAUGGCUUCGACAAGAGCGUGUCGGGAGUUUCGCAUGUGCUCGAGUUCCAGGAUCAUUUGUACUUGGGUUCGCCAUUCAAUCAUUAUUUGGCACGCGUCAAGUCGCCAAAGGCAUCCAAGCAGCCAACAAUCAAGGUGCGCAAUGUGCGUGUGGAGGGUGAAGGAUUGGAGGCUUCGGUGGGAGCAGCGCCAACAACAACCACAGCCAAGCCAAAGGCAACAACAACAACCACUACUACCAAGAAGCCAACAACAACCACGACAACAACUACGACCACAACAACUACGGCAAAGCCAGCGACAACAAAGGCGCCUACAACGACAACAACAACCACGACAACCAAGAAGCCAACAACAACCACGACAACAACAACCACAACGGCAAAGCCAGCAACAACCAAGGCGCCAACAACAGCUAAGCCAACGACAACAACAACAACCACACCGAAGCCUGAGACAACAACAACCAAGCGCACAGUGCCAAAGAAGCCAGCGCCAGUUGAGGAAGAGAUUCCCGUGGACACGCAGCCACCACAGAAGGAGAAGCUGAAGGUGAUCAACAAGCAAGGAGCACACGUUGAGCUUUAAGCAACAUAACAUCAACACACCAACAACAUCAACAACAACAACAUUCACAAGCAACAUCAGUUAAAAAGAUGUUCUUAGUUAUAGUUUUGGCUAGAAAUUUCCCUUUUACAUUUAAUUUAGCAAUGUUUUUGCUUGAAGACUCGACUCGGUUAAUUGUUUAGUUAUUUGCUAUACCAAUUAGCUAAAUUGUAACUAGCCAACACUCACCUAACUGUUAACUUAUUCACUGUGGCAGCAGUGGCAGCUUCUUAUAUGUCGCACAAUUUGCAUAUAAUUAUUGUGUUCUGCCUUUGUCAUUGCCAAUCGAAAUUGAAAUUGUCAUUUAAACAUUAAUUCCAAAAAAAUGCUCUUUCACUAUAAAUGAAACAUUCCAGCUACUAUGUUUAGUACUAAUUGCAUUUUUCGUACACAUUUUAAACAAUGUCAACCCCAACUCACAUAAACGAACAUUGUUAAGCAAUUAAUAUAACAACUAUUUUUGCAAAACGAAGAAAAAACAAUUGGAUUUUGUUGUACUCGA